AUGGCUUCUACAGCGAACCCUAGCGGUAGGAGGAGAGUCGGCGGAGCAAUGGAUGGCGAGAAAUUGGUCUUCGGGUCGAGCGAAGGAGUCGAGACCAUCGGGAGUUUCGAGGAGAUGGGGAUUAGCGAGAAUGUUCUUCGCGGUAUCUACUCGUACGGUUACGAGAAGCCCUCGGCGAUUCAGCAGAGGGCGGUUAUGCCGAUUCUCCAAGGGCGCGACGUUAUUGCUCAAGCUCAGUCCGGAACGGGAAAGACCUCUACGAUCGCUUUAUCCGUCUGCCAAGUCGUCGACACUCGGUGCAGAGAAGUCCAAGCCUUGAUCUUGUCCCCAACAAGAGAGCUGGCUUCACAGACACGCAAGACGAUACAAGCUAUUGGGCUUCACGCCAACGUCCAGGCACAUGCAUGCAUCGGUGGGAAGAGCCUUGGAGAAGACAUGAGGAAGCUGGAGCACGGUGUCCAUGUUGUGUCCGGGACACCUGGCCGUGUCUUUGACAUGAUCAAGAGGAGAAGCCUACGCACCAGAGCUAUCAAACUCCUGAUUCUCGAUGAGUCAGAUGAGAUGCUGGGCAGAGGAUUCAAGGACCAGAUCUACGAUGUUUACAGAUACCUCCCACCCGACCUUCAGGUUUGCUUGGUCUCCGCCACUCUUCCUCGCGAGCUUCUGGAGAUGACGACCAAGUUCAUGACGGAUCCGGUGAAGAUUCUUGUGAAGCGUGACGAGUUGACUCUUGACCAGAUUAAACAGUAUUUCGUCAAUGUUGAAAAGGAGGACUGGAAGUUUGAAACACUUUGUGAUCUUUUCGACACGCUUACCAUCACUCAAGCUGUUAUCUUCUGCAACACGAAACAAAAGGUGGACUCGCUUAGUGACAAGCUGAGGAGAGAAAACUUCAGCCUCUCAUCCAUGCACGGGGACAUGCCCCAGAGGGAAAGAGACCAGAUCAUGAAUCAGUUUCGGUCCGGUGAGAGCCGCGUUCUUGUCACGACAGAUGUGUGGGCUCGUGGGAUCGACGUGCAGCAAGUUUCUCUCGUCAUCAACUAUGAUCUCCCCAACACCCGUGAGCUCUACAUCCAUCGUAUUGGACGCUCUGGUCGUUUCGGGCGUAAAGGUGUUGCCAUCAACUUUGUUACCAACGAGGAUCUCAAGAUUCUCAGGGACAUUGAGCAAUACUACAGUACCCAGAUUGACGAGAUGCCAGCAAAUUUAGCUGAUCUUAUCUAA